AUGCUGCCAGCGUGGCAGUCGGCGACGCGAGUGAUUCUGCCAGCGUGGCAGUCGGCGACUACAGCGAUGCUGCCAGCGUGGCGGUCGGCGACGCAAGCGAUGCUGCUAGCGUGGCAGUCGGUCGCGCGAGCAAUGCUGCUAGCGUGGCAGUCAGCGACGCAAGCGAUGCUGCUAGCGUGGCAGUCGGUAGCGCGAGCGUGGCUGUCGGCGGCUACACCGAUGCUGCCAGUUUGGCUGUCGGCAUCGCGAGUGAUGCUGCCAGAGUGGCAGUCAGCGACUAAGGCGGUGCUGCCAGCGUGGCAUUCGGCGACGCGAGCGUGGCUGUCGGCAACGCAAGCGAUGCUGCUAGCGUGGCAGUCGGUGACGCGAGCAAUGCUGCUAGCGUGGCAGUCAGCGACGCAAGCGAUGCUGCUAGCGUCGCAGUCGGCGACUACAGCGAUGCUGCCAGCGUGGCAGUCGGCGACGCAAGCGAUGCUGCUAGCGUGGCAGUCGGUGGCGAGAGCAAUGCUGCUAGCGUGGCAGUCAGCGAAGCAAGCGAUGCUGCUAGCGUGGCAGUCAGUGGCGCGAGCGUGGCUGUCAGCGGCUACACCGAUGCUGCCAGUUUGGCUGUCGGCGACAAAAGCGAAGAUUCUAGCGUGGCAGUAG